GAACCGAGCUGCCUGCCUGGCCUGGCCCCUACUUGCCAGCAGCUCAGCAGUCUAUCCCAUCAUGCUCGGGGAUCACUGCGGUCUCCCCACAGACAGAGCUCUACUCGGCCAGCCCUCCAAAACUGGAUUUUGCUGCAAAAUGGUGCUUCAGGCAGUCAGCAAAGUACUCAGGAAGUCUAAAGCAAAGCCUAAUGGCAAGAAGCCUGCUGGGGAGGAAAAGAAGAUGUACCUGGAGCCAGAGCACACUAAAUCCAGAAUCACCGACUUUGAGUUCAAGGAGCUGGUCGUGUUGCCCCGGGAGAUCGACCUGAACGAGUGGCUGGCCAGUAACACAACAACAUUUUUCCACCACAUCAACCUGCAGUACAGCACAAUCUCAGAAUUUUGCACAGGAGAGACAUGUCAGACGAUGGCCGUGUGCAACACACAGUACUACUGGUAUGAUGAGCGGGGGAAGAAGGUCAAGUGCACAGCCCCUCAGUACGUCGACUUCGUCAUGAGCUCUGUGCAGAAACUGGUGACUGAUGAAGACGUGUUCCCCACAAAAUACGGCCGAGAGUUCCCCAGCUCCUUCGAGGCUCUGGUGAAGAAGAUCUGCAGGCACCUGUUCCACGUGCUAGGCCACAUCUACUGGGCCCACUUCAAGGAGACGCUGGCCCUGGAGCUGCACGGACACUUGAACACACUGUACGCUCACUUCAUCCUCUUCACACGGGAGUUCAGCCUACUCGACCCCAAAGAGACUGCCAUCAUGGACGACCUCACCGAGGUGCUGUGCAGCAGCCCCACUGGGGGUGGCAGUGGGGAUGGGGCCAGCGGCGGGGCCUCAGGGGCACAGAACCACGUGAAGGAAAGAUGAGCACCGGGCUGGAUGGGCCCCCAUGUGCAGAGAGACAACCGUGUGUCUGCGUGUACACACACAUGCCUGGGCACGCCAGCAGCAAGGCCUGAGGGCCUUGGGCCACCAAACGUAGGCUGCACGGCACCGGGCUGCGGUGCGCUUCCUGGCUUUCCUGUUGGAUGGAUGAGUGCUAUUUGUAGCAACGAGCCUGGGAUCCAUUCAUUCAUUCAACAAACAUUUAUUGGACUGACAUUUGUGUUUUCUUAUGUGGGGUUUUCCUUUUUUGGGUCUUCUGUGUGGCCCCUACCCUCCUAGGGGACCCUCCCCAGGGGCUCUGUUGUUUUGAAAGGCACACUUCAUAGGAGAUGGGCCUCUCUCAGAGCCUUGGCCUGCAGCCCCAUGUUCCUGCUCUGAGUUGGGUAGGGCUUUUUUCAGAGACCCUCCCCUUGGUGUGCCUGGAUCCUGGCUCUAAAGAGACUCUGAGGGAGGGCCAAGGUGACCCACAGGGCCCGCACCUGCUGCUUGCUCCUGUCACCCCUUCCUGCUGCCUCCCGAAGCCCAGCAAGGCCCGCAGCACACAGAUGCCAGGCUGAGGCUGGGCCAAGGCUUUGCAAGGAGAUGCAACAGGCAGCAGAGGCAGAGAUUGCUUUAGUUCAUCUGUUCAGUCGUAAUAAACAGAAUUCUCUCAGGUCA